AUGUCUUGGCCUGAAAUAAUAACUGUUCAACAAAAUAAACGAUAUGAAUUAGUAUUAACUGGUGAAGAAAUAUCAGAUCGUCUUCAAAAAUCAGAUAGACAAUUAGAUUCUGCUCUCUACAAAUUAAAACAAUUGAAUUUUCUUGAAAUAACUCAUACUAGUCUUUCAACACUUUCAUCUGACAUCUCACAACUAUUCAAUUUAACUACACUAACAUUGACAUCAAAUAAAUUACGUGAUCUAUGUCCACAAUUAGCUGAAUUACGAAAAAUGAAACAUUUUAAUGCAUCCUAUAAUGAAUUGGAACAGAUACCUGAUCAACUUGUUACUAACUGGCUUGAAAUUGAAACAAUUAAUCUCAGUCAUAAUCGUCUAACAAAAUUAUGUUCAUUUCCUAUUGGUUUACAUAAAUUAGCUGUACUCAAUUUGGCUCAUAAUCAAUUUCAAGAUUUUCCACAAUUACCUACAGAUUUAGAUAAUUUAUCAACAUUAGAUCUGUCAUCAAAUCAAAUUGUUGAAAUACCAACAUAUUUGUCAAAUUUAUCACAAUUGAAAUUUAUUCACUUAGACAAUAAUCAAAUAAAGGAGAUACCAGUCGAAUUAUCUCAAUGUCAAAAAUUAAGAGAAUUACGUUUGAAAAACAAUCCAUUGAAAGAUAAUCGAUUGAGAAAAUUAAUUGAACAAGAUAAAUUCAAAGCAGUAUUGGAAUAUUUGGAAAAAGAUUAUUUAGAAGAACAAAAGAAACUAAACAAAAAUACACAAUCAAAAACUGAUAAAUCAAAAAUAGUUCAGUCAACAAUGAAAACAACAGAUCAAGAUCAGCAAGAGCAAUCGAUAAUUGUUGAUAAAAUCUAUGUUAUGUAUUUUGAUGAAAAAGAUUGUAAAGGAAAACAAAGUAAGUCCGUCCAUGAUUCUUAUACAGUACAGUAAAAGAAUAACUCUGAUCUAACAUCAAUAAAAGUUUAAUUAGUUACUUACGAGGGAAGGUCCCCAAGGGUGACCCUCAGUUUUGAAUGCGAUACAUAUCAGUUUGUAGAGCUCGACGAGCUGAUUACGAUGGCAUAAAGCAUUUUCCCUCAUGGCUCUAGAAGACCCGGUUUUUUGGAAAACCAGUUUUUUUGAAACCCUAAAAAGUAAGCAAAACCUUUCUUAAUGAGACAUAAUUGUAGCGCGCACAUUUCUGAUUAAAAUGAGACAUCUCCCAGCUCUACACGACCUUUCUUUGCAAAGUUAUAGAAUGUACAAAAAAAGCCCUAAAUGUUUAUUGUCAGCUCAAAAGCUACAGAAAUAAGAAGGAAUUAAUUUAGGACUUUUCUUGUAAAUUAUAUAACUUUGCAAAGAAAGGUUAUGCAGAGCUGGGAGAUGUCUCAUUUUAAUCAGAAAUUUACGGGCUACAAUCAUGUCUCAUUAAGAACGGUUUUGGUUACUUUUUAGAGUUUUUGAAAAACCAAUUUUACAGAAAAGAGCCAUGGGGGAAAAUACUUUACGCCAUCGUAAGGUUCAGCUAGAUCAAAAUUCAAGUGAAUUUUAUUUUUUCGAUUUUAAUACAUAUUCUGGUUCGUCUUUGGACGCUGAUUCCGAAUAACACAUUCCGAACUUCAAAAAUCCUUUUCUUCGUGG